GAAAUCGUUUUUAAUAAUAUAAAUAUCGUAAUAAAAAUGACAUUUUUAAAGUGUUUGACUUCGGGUUUGGGGAAUUGUUACAUCAGUGUGUAUUUUUUAUUCAUAUUUAUAACAGUAUAUACGGAUGCACAGAAUCCAGAACUGGUGAUAUGGCCCCCACAACCUACACAAACGAAAUUUGUAGGGCAUUCUUUAGUAUUAACGUGUAAAAUUAAUGCUGCAGAUCAGAAUUUGAUAUCAAACAUUGAGUGGCGUGAUUACAACAAUAGAACAGUUCAACCUAGAAGAAGUGGCGGUGCGCCACAACCAAUGCAUACGGAAGAAAACAUGGCAACGAACGCAUUAAGCUUGUUUAUUCCAUCCAUUACUGAGAAUAUGGCAGGGAAUUAUACAUGCUAUGCUACAUAUGCAAACGAACGACUUAGCAAAAGUAUGCGACUUGAAGUAUUUGUUGCCAUAACAUGGAAAAAUGCACCUUUGGAACAAUAUCCUAUAGUCGGUAAAGAUUUUAAAAUUAGUUGCGAAGUUGAAUCUAGUCCAUCUCCUACAGUAGAUUGGCUGUAUAAUAAUCAACCAAUCGUUUCCAGUCAAAGAUAUGCCAUUGAAUCUAAAGGCCUACUAUUACGUAAUGUACAAGAAACUGAUGAUGGAGUUUAUACUUGUCGUGCAUUUGUUCCAUUUACUGGCGAAAUGAAAGAGCGUCCCAUAAAAGUUGAAGUACAUAUUCCACCACAAAUUGUUGAACCAGAACAAAAUACAUUUGAGUUUGUAGAGGGCGAACCUGCACAAAUUAUAUGUAACGCUACAGGAAAACCAAAUCCAGUUUACACCUGGGUAAAACAAUCUACACAAGAAAAUGUUGCGAAAAGUGAUCGAUUUUUUGUAAACGAACAUACCGGAAUAUUGCGAAUAAAUCGUGUCGAACAACAAGACGAUUCAGAUUAUAAAUGUUUUGCAGCGAACCCUGCAGGAACUGUCGAACAAACAUUUAAAGUUCAUGUGCUUGUAAAACCGAAAAUUUAUGAAUUUUUAAAUGUAUCUGCACAAGAUACAAAACCCACAAAGAUUAUUUGUAAAGCUACCGGACGGCCUGCUCCUCAUGUCACUUUCAGAAAAUUCAGUAAUAAGGAGGCAUAUAUCUCAGGAGUACAAUCAGAUGAUAGAAUUAUAUUAGAAAUUAACAAAAAUGAACAAAAAGGAGAAACUUCCGCUACUUUAUUUAUUAACCCUCUUUCUCGUUCAGACGAUGGUCUUUAUGAAUGUAUAGCCUCAAAUACUGGAGCAACAGCUUAUAAAAACGGACAUUUAACCGUGGAAUUUAUACCAACUUUCCCAUAUAAUUUAACGCAACCACCUGUUUGGACAUGGGAUAAUCGUCCAGGGAAUUUAAGUUGCUUCGCUCAAGCUAUUCCUAAUGCUACAAUUGAAUGGUUCUUGAAUGAAAGGCCAGUUUUAAAUGGACCAAACUUAAAAAUUAUUGGUGGUGGACCACAAUCAAAUUUAAUUGUAACUCCAGUCACAAAUCAAUACUAUACCAAAUUUAAAUGUGUCGCAAGAAAUAUUCAUGGUAGCGCUUAUCAUUAUGUAGAGUUAAAACAAGCUUUUCCACCAAAUGUUAUUACUCAAGCAGUGGUUGAGGUAAUAACUGCCACAACAAUUCGAUUUGCCAUAAUACCCCCACCUACAUACGGAGGAUUACCAAUCACUGCUUUUACAGUACAAUAUAAACCAGAAACAGAGUUAAGUUGGCAAAAUGGAAGAAACAGAACAUGGUCAAUGGAUUCACCUUACAUCGUUGAAAAUUUGUCUCCACAAAAAACGUACAAUUUCCGUUUUGCGGCACAUAAUCAAGUUGGAAUGGGACCAUGGAGCGGCGACCAAACACAGACAAUGCCUAGCAGAAGUUCUCCAGAGGAGCCGAAAAUUUUGAGCAAUGCUGUUCCAAAUACACCCGUUCCAUCACCAUACGCAGAUCACUACGAACUUCGAUGGAGAAUUCCAGCUGAUAAUGGGGAACGAAUUGAUCAUUAUGAAAUUAAAUAUUGUCCGGUGCAUAAAGUAAACGAUCAAUGGGCAGAAAAGGACAAAGAGCUAUGCCAACUACAACAAUUUCCAUCAAUAGAGACAACUGCUUACGAAUUAAAUCAAUUACAAUCUGAUACACAUUACAAAAUUGAAUUACGGGCACAUAAUGCCAUCGGAUAUAGUAUUCCUGCGCAAAUAAUUAUAAAAACUGCACGGGGUAUGGAUACGGCAAUUAUUUAUGAACAUGAAGAUUCAUCAUUUAGCGAUGUGUUAUUAAUUGGAUUUAUUAUUAUCGUUAUAUUUAUUGUGCUAAUUGUUGUGGAUGUAACAUGUUAUUAUGCAAAUCAAGCUGGUAUUAUAAUGUGUAUAUGUGAAUUAAUACGUGGUAAACCAGUUGAAGAUGACGAUGAAGCUAGAUUAGGAAGUUACAAGGAAACAACACCGGUGGUGCCUCCCUCAACAUUACCUCUUCCUGUAAAGCUGACUUCGUCACCCAUGGAAGAAAAGGAGCCGUUGCGUACAGAUGAGCAUCAUGGAAUCAUUGAUAACAGUAUGAAACGGAAUACAUCUAUUGAAUUUGAUGGAAGACGUGUUUAUUCAAAAACUGGAGAAUGUAUUGGAAAAAAUUCAGCUGUGUAAAUAAUGAUAUUUUAGUAUAAAUUUAAUUACAACGUGAUAAUUUAUUCUGCCUCUUGCAUUGCAUUCACAAUUAUUACAACGAAUAUUAGUAUUAUAAUUAAAAAUAGUUUAACCAUUUAAAUAUCAAAUGCAACGAAAAAUCAUUUGAGAUAUUAAAUGAAUCCAGAUACUUUCUGAAAUCUAUAUGAAACCCGUGACAAAUGUUCACGUGUCAAAUGCAAAGAAAAAUUAUUUAAGUCGUUAAUAAAGGUGUCUAGAUCAAGAAAUAUAUAAUUAGAACAUAAAACCGACUAUGCCGAGCUAUAAGCGCCCGUGGCUGAAUUUAAGGUGCCUAUCUAGGCGAGGUCUAGUCGUCGGUCGUUGCGUAGGUACAUUGUACUGCGCAUCAAGCUGCCUAAGUGAGUAAAAAUAUGUUUUCAAUCACUUUCAAUUGAUUAAGAAAUACAAAAAAUUGAAAACAAAAGUCAGAAUGAUGCAAGAGAACUAUACCUCGUCCGGAUAGGCGCCUUUUUUCCUCCUACCCUCUCCAUUCGAGUUUUACGUCCUUAAUACAUUUGUUCUUGAUCUAGAUACUUUUUGAAUUAGUAAAUCGUCGACAUAAGAAAUGUAACAAUCGUAUUUUGAGGUCGUCGAAGCUAAUUCUAUUUACAUAAAUUGACUAGUUAAUCACAAUUCAGUCCAAUAAAAGUAUUGAAAUUAAUUACAAGAAGAAAUGACCUUAGAAUUGUCCACUAGGUUGGAUUUUCGAGAAAAUUUUUCUUCAAGGUCGAAAAACCCGUUUUUGAGAGUAUUUUUAAAAUAACUCCACGAAAUAAUUUAGAAAAAAAGAAAGUAACGGAAUCUGAAAAAAACUGUUCUUGCCGGGAAACAUCAUUUUUAAAUAUA